GAACUGGCCGCCGCCGUCCCGCCAGUAGUCGCCAAGUAGUUGUUCGCAGUGUGCAUUCACGGGUCCACGCACAAGUACGCGCCGCACAAACGACCUCACUGCGUUGUUCGUCAUGUUCGUUUAAACGGUUCGGUUUCCUCUUACAGCAUUACGAGUCUAUUGAUAAAGCGAUUCUUUUGAACAAAAAGCAUUUAGCGGUUUCAAUAUUGACAGUAGAGUUUUGAUAUCUUAAUUGAAACGUUAAAUUUGUGUCAUGUGCAACCGAUGACGAAAGUUUUGUCAGAAUCCUCUUAUCGAUGACGACAAUGCAGUUAUUCGUCGAGCUACCCCCGAGCGUCACAACUGAUCUGAGCCAGUGACCGGCUAUAGAUCGUCCAACGUGAUUAGUGCUCUAUUCAAAACGGUAUACAAAAAACACGCUAAUACAGCCACGCGAGGCCUACACUAGACCCGACCAGACGCGAAAUGGACGAAACGACCAAGACGGCCCGAAAUGUUUGCCUGUGGAUCGUCUUGAUACUGUCGAUCAUGGCAAAUAGUUCAAUGAGUGCUGGCAACGGUGACAUUUGGCCCUUGGAGAGGCCGGACGGUAUGCCGGUCAUUCAGUCGCUAGAAGUAAUGUGCGGGAAAGAUCACAUGGAUGUUCAUCUACAGUUCACGCAGCCGUUUGAGGGCAUUGUGUCAUCCAAAGGCCAAUACGGUGACCCGCGUUGUGUAUAUGUACCGCCAUCCUCUGGAAAAACAUUCUACACGUUUCGCAUAGCGUAUGCCCGAUGUGGCACUAAACCCGAUUUGAACGGUCAAUUUUAUGAGAACACCGUAGUGAUCCAAUACGACAAAGACUUAUUGGAAGUGUGGGAUGAAGCAAAACGGCUCCGGUGCGAGUGGUACAACGAUUACGAGAAGACCGCCUCUAAGCCGCCCAUGGUCAUAGCAGACCUGGAUGUUAUCCAGUUAGACUUUAGAGGUGAUAACGUCGAUUGUUGGAUGGAAAUUCAGCAUGGCAAAGGUCCAUGGGCUCCGCCAGUAAGCGGUAUCGUUCCUUUAGGUUCUACCUUGACUCUGGUAGUGGCCAUCAAUGAUUUUAGAGGCGAAUUCGAUAUGCGUGUAAAAUCUUGCGCGGCCAGUGAUGGAGGUGGUCAUGUCAUACAGUUGACAGACGAUCAGGGAUGUGUACUUCGGCCAAAGAUGAUCAGCGGAUUUUUGAAGGCUCGUACUUCUGAUGAACGGGCGUCCGUCAUUACGUACGCCUUUUUCCACGCGUUCAAAUUCCCAGAUGCACUCAGUGUACACAUACGGUGUAAGGUGGAAAUAUGCCGCCAUGGAUGUAUGGAUCACUGUCAAACAGAUGAGCGUUCGACCGGACACUUAUUGCAACAACAGCAACAGCAACAACAGCUUUAUGGUUCGGUUGACAGAAAAGACCAACAAACCUUAUCUAGCGAACCUAUUGAACAUUUACAAGAUUCUACAGUCAACACCGAUCAACCCAGCGCCCAAGCACAAACAGGACAUCACUCGCCAUUUGUUGUUGGUAAUAUACCGCAGACAUCUCCGCAAAAGGACACACUGAACCGUGAUGGAUUCCCUCACGGACCUCGUAACCUCGACGAGGCGUCUACAAACGAAGACGAUACGACAAUAUCAAAUGAUACGGACGUGGGGUUAACGGCGCAAAAACGGCGCCGUCGUAGACGAUCGGUUAACGUGUCUGACAUCGGUACAGCUGACGUAGGCGUUAGUGGAUUAUAUGACGUUAUAUCGCAGUCGGACUUGGCGUUUACACCAGACACCAAGACAGACGCCGUAACCAUUUUCCAGGGACGGAUACGCGAAGACGUGGUUUACGGUAUAUGUAUGCCCGUUCACGGAUUUGGCGCUCUAUUCGUCAUGUUCGCUGGCUCAGCUAUCGUGUCAGUAAUCGUAGCAGGAUUCCAGUUGUACAAAUACCAAGUAAAACGCGAGAAACAGAAAAUCAUGGCCGCGCAGCACCAUAUUCGCCAAAACCAUGUCACCACUGCCUCAGUAUCACCCGAUGUUAACGGUACUGGAUACUUCCACACCUCGUUAGCAGGAAUUAUGGCCCUCAAUAAACUAAUAGCAUCCAAAAACCCAAACACGACUACACCUCAAGUCAAACGGAAUAGUUAGGCAUAUUGAAAAAUAUGCCUUUAAUAGGCCACCUACUUAAUUUUAAAGGUAUUUUCAUAAAAAUAAUAAUUUUAUACUUUUCGUUUGAGUUAUUACUUAUUAUUGAAAUUUAUUUGAACCGUAUCCUUAAAUUAGUUUAGUUCACUAUAACCAUAAAAAUAUAGAAAUCUCCUAAAAAAUGUUUUGGCACCAUAGGUUUUGUAAUUGAAUUUGAUUACUAUUAGUCAUGCCAUAUGGCUUUAUCAUAAAAAUAAUAAAUAUUGCUUUGCAUUUUGUGCCCGCAACCUCUAAUACUUACAAAAAUUUAAUUUAAUGUCAAUAUUGGUGCUCAAAAUGAUAUAUAUUUACAGUUAUUAAUUAGUUAUAAAUGCAUAUUACCUGUAAACGCAUUAUUAAAUGUAAAUUAUAGUAAAAUUUAAUUAUUUUUACUGCCAAAUCUGUGCGUUUUAUGAAUUAUUGAAUACGUUAAAUUACCUGUAACUAUAUUUUAUUAUGUAAAAAAUGUCAAGUACCUAAGUAUUUUUUUAUUAAGACGAUUGUUUAAUAUUACAUAGCUAUUUAUACCUAUAUAUAUACUUCUAAAAACAAUCUAUGUAUUUUGUACAAAUAUAUAAUUCUU